GCUCCGGAGGGAGAGCCGGGCUGGAGGUUCUACCCCCUCGGCGGCCCGCACGGCCCCCCCGCGCCCGCCCCGCGCCCGCCCCGCGCGCGCCCCGCCUGGGCAGCCGGGGGCGCCCCCACCUCUCUCCCCCCGGGCGGGGGAGCCGGGGGGCAGCGCCGGAGCCCGGGGGGAGCACAGCCCCGCCGGCCGGCCGGCCAGGGCAGGGGGCAGCUAGGACGGCCCCGGUCCAGGUGGAGGCCGCAGAGGGCCCAGGGUAAACAGAGGCAACAAUGGUUGGUCCCGACGGUGGCUGAGCCCCCAGCCCCUGGAAUAUGCAGCCCGGGGGGGCCCCAGGCAGCGGCAAGGACGCGGUGGCGGAGUGGGGCGGAAGGCAUGGUCUCCACCUACCGGGUGGCCGUGCUGGGGGCGCGUGGCGUGGGCAAGAGUGCCAUCGUGCGCCAGUUCUUGUACAACGAGUUCAGCGAGGUCUGUGUGCCCACCACCACCCGCCGCCUCUACCUGCCUGCUGUCGUCAUGAACGGCCACGUGCACGACCUCCAGAUCCUCGACUUCCCACCCAUCAGCGCCUUCCCUGUCAACACGCUGCAGGAGUGGGCAGACGCCUGCUGCAGGGGACUCCGGAGCGUCCACGCCUACAUCCUGGUCUACGACAUCUGCUGCUUUGACAGCUUUGAGUACGUCAAGACCAUCCGCCAGCAGAUCCUGGAGACGAGGGUGAUCGGCACCUCGGAGACGCCCAUCAUCAUCGUGGGCAACAAGCGGGACCUGCAGCGUGGACGCGUGAUCCCGCGCUGGAACGUGUCGCACCUGGUGCGCAAGACCUGGAAGUGCGGCUACGUGGAGUGCUCGGCCAAGUACAACUGGCACAUCCUGCUGCUCUUCAGCGAGCUGCUCAAGAGCGUCGGCUGCGCGCGCUGCAAGCACGUGCACGCCGCCCUGCGCUUCCAGGGCGCGCUGCGCCGCAACCGCUGCGCCAUCAUGUGACGCCCCUGCUCCCUGCGCAGGCGGGCGGGCAGAGCCAGGCUGUGGGGACCGCUUCCCGGGGGAGCGGGCGGGGUAGAACUGUGGGGGCCGGGCAGCCACGCACCUCUCAGUGAGGGGCGGAGCGCGCGAGAGGGACCCCCUCGUAACUGCUCGGUCCCCCGCCCGUGCUCCUGGGACAGCGGCCUUCAGCGCUGCAGUCAGUGCAGGGCCCGGCCCGGCCCGGAGGGGCGCCACAGCCUUUGAGGAUUGCGGGUGCGCGUGUGACAUGGAGGGUGGGGGUGCGGAGGCGCUGCCUUGGCCGGGCCCCCACCUGUCUUCUCCGGAGUGUGUCUGUCUUUGCCCGGUGUCUUCCCUUCCCGUGUCCAUCUGCCCCAGCGUCUGUUGGUCCUUGCCUGUCUUACCCGCCCUCCAGUCCCCCUGCCGGCCCCCAGCUCCGCUCACAGGGCUCUCAUUUCGUCCAUCCCCUUGUCGCAGAUCCUGGCAGCUGCUUUGUGAGGCCAGGCCUUCUGACCGUCAGCAUCACCGGCACAGGGCAGAGUCGCGGGUGGCCCAGGGACCACAAUCAAAGGGUCCGGGGGUUGAGGUCCCAGAUCAGUCAUGGGGAGAAAGCUGAGCUCUCUCGCUCCCAGGGAGAUCUCCCCACCCAGCAGCCCCCAGAGACACAACAACCUACCUUCCAGCCUUAACUCGAUGGUCCGUCCCUGCCAGGUGCCCCCCACUCUCUUCCUGACCCCAGAGCUGGGUCACCCCCUGGGUUACAACAUUGUUUUUGUUUUUAUUUACAAGACUAUGGAGAGGGAAUUCCCCCAAAGGCUAGAUUCUUUUCCAUGAUGCCAGGUUCCAGUUCUCGAUUCCCUCCUGCAUCUGGUCUGCCAGAUUGGGGGGUGUUGAGUCUCGGGGGCUGGUGGUGGGCAGGGUGGUGCCCAGGAGGGGGUCGGGCUAUGCCAGGGAAGAUUCUGUCUCCCUGUCCCACCCUAAGCUGACUACCCCAGACUCUGCCUGCCUCAGAUAUCAGAAUUCCCUGAUCCACCUGGGGAGGGGCAGAGCCAGGAAAAGAAUUGUGGAGACCCCUUGCUUGGGGGAGAUAAGCCUGCAUCCCCACCCAUAGAUAGAGGCCCUCAGGAUCUGACACCCCCCUGUCCCAACACAGUUGACCCGAUGCCCUAACUCACUCCACCCCAUUUUCUCCGGCUGCCUGGCCGGGUUUCUACCUCUCGUCACCGGAGCUGAUCACUGUCAGUUUUGUACCGAUUUAGAAAUAACAAUAAUAAUGAAGAUUCUAGGAAUGGCCUGAGGGAUUGCUGGGGGACUUGGAGGGAGGAAGAGGUGGUGCCCCCUGGCCAAAGAAAGUUCUCCUUGAGGCUGAGUCCUCAGUCCUGGUCUGGUGGAAGGAUAUCAAGGUCCCUUGUUAUGAGAGACAGGACAACUCAGGCUUAGCCAGCUUCGCCAGGGCUGUGGCACAUGGACCAGGAAGUCAGGUAGCCCAGAGUGGGGGUGGACAGGAGUCUGGGGGAACGGUCGUGGGUGGGGGAUUCAUCAUCGACAUCCAGUGUGGGAGGGAAUCUGUGGUUCUCCCUGCUGCUUCCCCAGCCGAUUCCCCCUCCUCCCACCCACUGGGGAUAGCACAGCCCCACAGCGACUGCCCUGACCUGGGCAGUCCAGUGUUCUUGGAUUCUAGUCCCUGCUGUGCUGCAUGACUUUGGGCAAGUGACCUGCCCUCUCUGAGCCUCCCUCUGAAACAGAGGAGGUGGCUCCCCUUCCCCACGCUUUGCAGUGGCCGGGAGGGUAAGGAAGAGGGCUGCCCCUUUUGUCUCCUGCACUCUGGUCCCCUGGUUCACCAGGGGGGUGGGGUGAGGGAUGGCAGCAUCUCACAUGCCCCAUUACCCCCAACUCUGAGGCACAUGAGAGGGUUGGGGGACCCAUUGCCCCCAUGGGAGCCAUUGGAAUGUGUCACCUGACAGGCCCCCUCCCCCCCUCUGCUUCACCCCAGGUCUUGGAUGUCAGGUCCCUCCACCCCCAUUCUGAGUCUCUGUCCUUCCCUUCUCCCCCCACCCCCCAGGGUUUCCCACCACAGGGUCUGGAAGUGUGUGUGACGCCCAUUGAGCUGUUAUUGGAAGUCAGAUUAAAAAUCAGGGAGUGUUUUCCCUUGUUUCUGUA